GGUGAGAUUAAGUGGAAGGCAGGCGCAGAAGCAGACUUCUAUAUCCGCCAGACGAACGGUGCCAGCUGCUAGCUAAGUUAGCCACAGUGGACAGCAACUAGCUUCAGAGUCCUAGCUCAUUUACAGCAUAUGAGGGACUGAGCAAUAGAGGCAGAGUGUGUGUGACUGUGUGUCGAUGCUUCAAGCGCCCGCUCGGCCGUCCCGAAGUGAUUCCUUGUGUCUGUGUGUUCCUCAGUGUGUAUGCGCGUGAGUGUGUGUGUAUAUUUAUACAUAUACAUAUAAGCCCACCUUUCUAUCUUCCUCAUCCACCCACCAGCGUGGCUGUAAAUGAGUGUGUGGGGUUAGCAGGCAAAGAAGAAACACAUAUAAACACUAAGAUUGUCGACUGUUUACACUCGGUGUCCGGUUACUUGGCAGUGGAUUCACAUCACUUACUGAUACCGACAAAGCACGAUGUCGAGGUUCAUUGUGAUACGAGGUGGUCUUGGCCUGUUGGCAGUCAGGAGGACAUGUCUUAUAUCUAGAUCUGCUUACUCUGCCCCCAAGAGCGAGUAUCGACCAAUCAAGAAAGUCAUGGUGGCCAAUAGAGGUGAAAUCGCUAUCCGGGUGUUCAGAGCCUGCACUGAAUUGGGAAUUCGCACCGUGGCCGUCUACUCUGAGCAGGACACUGGACAGAUGCACAGACAGAAGGCAGAUGAGGCUUACCUGAUUGGGAAAGGCCUGCCACCUGUUGCAGCAUACCUGCACAUUCCAGACAUCAUCAAAGUUGCCAAGGACAACCAUGUGGAUGCUAUUCAUCCCGGCUAUGGCUUCCUCUCUGAGCGGUCGGACUUUGCUCAGGCCUGUGCAGACGCAGGAGUGAUGUUUGUAGGACCAGCCCCUGAAACGGUCCGCAAGAUGGGAGACAAAGUGGAGGCUCGCUCCCUGGCUAUCAGUGCAGGUGUGCCUGUUGUCCCAGGAACAGAUUCCCCCAUCUCCAGUCUGCAGGAAGCACAAGCAUUUGCUCAGACAUACGGCUUCCCCAUCAUCUUUAAGGCGGCCUAUGGAGGAGGCGGUCGAGGCAUGCGGGUGGUCAGAGAGUACGAGGAACUUGAGGAGAAUUACCAGCGGGCCUACUCUGAGGCCCUUACAGCUUUUGGGAAUGGAGCCCUGUUUGUUGAGAAAUUUAUUGAAAAGCCAAGACACAUCGAAGUGCAGAUCCUCGGUGAUAAAUACGGUAACGUCAUUCAUAUGUAUGAGAGGGACUGCUCCAUUCAGCGACGACACCAAAAGGUUGUGGAAAUUGCACCUGCGUUCCAGCUGGACCCUCAUCUGAGAGACAAACUUCACUCUGAUGCCGUCAACCUGGCCAAACUGGUGGGAUAUGAGAAUGCAGGGACCGUGGAGUUCUUGGUGGACAAGCAUGGAAAACACUACUUCAUUGAGGUGAACUCCCGACUUCAAGUUGAACACACGGUCACCGAGGAAAUCACUGAUGUUGACCUGGUGCACGCCCAGCUGCAUGUGUGUGAGGGUCGCAGCUUGCCAGAACUCGGUCUCAAACAAGACAAGAUCAGGGUGAACGGCUGUGCCAUCCAGUGCAGAGUGACAACCGAAGACCCGGCCAGAGGAUUCCAGCCAGACACCGGAAGGAUUGAGGUCUUCAGAAGUGGCGAAGGCAUGGGCAUCCGUCUGGACAGCGCCUCAGCCUUCCAGGGGGCUGUCAUUUCUCCGCACUAUGACUCAUUGCUGGUAAAAGUCAUCGCCAGCGGAAAGGACCUGCAUACAGCUGCCACCAAGAUGAGCCGAGCCCUGGCCGAGUUCAGAGUGCGAGGGGUCAAGACAAACAUCCCGUUCCUCCAGAAUGUUUUUUCCAACAAUCAGUUCCUGCACUCCACCGUGGACACCCAGUUCAUUGAUGAAAACCCGGAACUGUUCAACCUCAAACCCACUCAGAACCGAGCCCAGAAACUCCUGCACUACCUCGGUCAUGUAAUGGUGAAUGGACCGACCACACCCAUCCCAGUCAAGGCAAAACCCUCCUCCACGGAUCCUGUGGUCCCUCCUGUCACCAUGGGUGACCCACCCAUAGGUUUCCGUGACGUGUUACUUCGUGAUGGUCCUGAAGGAUUUGCCAAGGCUAUCCGUGCCCACCAAGGUCUGUUGCUAAUGGAUACGACUUUCAGGGAUGCUCAUCAGUCACUACUGGCUACCAGAGUUCGAACCCAUGAUCUGAAAAAGAUCUCUCCAUUCGUCAGCCACAACUUCAGCAACCUUUUCAGCCUGGAGAACUGGGGAGGUGCUACCUUUGACGUGGCCAUGCGAUUCUUGUCAGAAUGUCCGUGGAAGAGGCUCCAAGAGCUGAGAGCUUUGAUCCCAAAUGUCCCCUUCCAGAUGCUCCUGAGAGGGGCUAACGCUGUGGGCUACACCAACUACCCUGAUAACGCCGUCUUUAAGUUCUGCGAGGUGGCCAAAGAGAACGGCAUGGACAUCUUCCGUGUGUUUGAUUCUCUGAACUACGUUCCCAACAUGCUGCUGGGUAUGGAGGCUGCCGGAUCAGCGGGUGGCGUAGUUGAGGCUGCCAUCUCAUACACAGGCGACGUCUCUGACCCAAUGAGGCAGAAAUAUUCUCUGGACUAUUAUGUGAAACUCGCAGAUGAGCUUGUCAAAGCUGGAACCCACAUUCUCUGCAUCAAGGAUAUGGCCGGCCUGUUGAAGCCAGAGGCUAGCAAGCUUCUGGUUGGGGCUUUGAGGGACCGUUUCCCAGACGUGCCCAUCCAUGUGCACACACACGACACAGCUGGAGCUGGUGUGGCAGCCAUGUUGGCCUGUGCUGAAGCUGGAGCUGAUGUUGUAGAUGUGGCAGUUGACUCCAUGGCUGGGAUGACAUCUCAGCCCAGCAUGGGGGCUAUCGUUGCUUGCACGAAGGGGACCAAGCAUGAUACUGGCAUUGCUCUAGAAAAGGUGUUUGACUACAGUGAAUAUUGGGAAGUAACCAGAGGCUUGUACGCUCCGUUUGACUGCACUGCCACCAUGAAGUCAGGCAACGCUGACGUCUACGAGAACGAGAUACCUGGAGGACAAUACACCAACCUUCACUUCCAGGCUCACAGUAUGGGACUGGGAAAUAAGUUCAAGGAGGUGAAGAAAGCUUACACUGAAGCCAACAAAUUGCUGGGAGACCUUAUUAAGGUGACUCCAUCUUCAAAGAUUGUGGGUGAUCUGGCUCAGUUCAUGGUGCAAAACAACCUGACCAGGGCAGAGGUUGAGGAGAGGGCGGACGAGCUGUCCUUCCCGCUGUCUGUGGUCGAGUUCCUGCAGGGAUACGUAGGGAUCCCCCAUGGAGGCUUUCCUGAGCCGUUCCGAUCUAAGGUGCUGAAGUCUCUUCCUCGUAUUGAUGGCCGUCCCGGUGCCACUCUGCCACCAAUGGACUUCAAGACCCUGGAGGAGGGUCUCCGAACCUCUCACAGUGACGAUAUCACCCCUGAGGACGUGAUGUCAGCAGCUAUGUACCCCAAAGUGUUCCAGGAAUUUAAGGAGUUUACAUCUAACUUUGGCCCAGUGGAUUGUCUCAGCACCAGACUGUUUUUGGAUGGACCCAAGAUUGCCGAGGAGUUUGAGGUGGAGCUGGAGAGAGGGAAGAUCCUCCACAUCAAGGCCCUGGCACUGGGUGACCUGAACAAGGCCGGCCAGAGAGAAGUCUUUUUUGAGCUAAAUGGCCAGCUGAGAUCUGUGCUGGUGAAAGACACAGUCGCCAUGAAGGAAAUGAAGUUCCAUCCUAAGGCUCAGAAGUCUAUCAAGGGUCAGGUGGGAGCACCCAUGCCUGGAAAAGUCUUAGAGGUCAAAGUGAAAGUUGGAUCCAAGGUGGAGAAGGGUCAACCGCUGUGUGUCCUGUCUGCCAUGAAGAUGGAGACCGUGGUCAACUCCCCCAUGUCCGGCACCGUUAAGGCUAUCCAUGUGUCGCCUGACGCCUCUCUGGAGGGAGACGACCUGAUACUGGAAAUUGAGGAGUAGAGCGAGAGGGUAGAGGUAGAGGGAGGGGGCAGCAGCAAGUACUAUCUGACAAUCUGGCCCUGGAAAUGAAGAGAGAUGGAGGAGUAAUAGGGGGAUUGUACUGAGGAGGAGGAAAAGCACAUCUUUUUUCUGUGAACCCCCAGUUUGGGCAUAGUUAGACCACAUACACAUAAUGAAAGUGCUAUGCAUAUCCUGACACCUGAUGGAUGUAAAGAUCAGAUGAGGUAUGACUGUCUGAAUUAGUUUAGUGGAAAUUUCUAGUAGCUGCUUAAUUCCUAGUUGUAGUGAUUAGCUCAACAAUGGUACCCUUACUAAUCUUCUGUCAAAUUAUGAAACAUAUUCAAUAUUUUAGAGGCUUUAUAUGUUUAAAUGGUGAUACAUUCCACUGCAGUGAUGAUAGUCUUAAAAAUGUUGCACUACAGUGAGCUAACCAUGUAUGACGUUAACAAGGUUUUAACAUCUACUUGGAAUUAAAAGCCACAAUUUCCCUGCCAGUGCUGUUGCCUCAUACACUGUAUUCAUAUAAAGUGAGUAGAUUAAACUUUGACUACUAAAUGUUAACUUUAUAGUUUGCAGGGUUCAGAUAAAAAGCAUACAUUUUCUUUUUAAUAUGCUCACCUUUGCAAGACUUGGUCAAUCUUUGUGGUCGCUGUGCAUUCUGGGAAUGUGUAAUUGCUGCUCGCAUUUAGACUUGCUUUUUUCAAGGUGAAAACUGAGUACAGAUGGGAGUGAGGGAAAAUAACAUGUAGCCCAACGUUUUGUAGAUAACCAGCAAAGCACAAAUGUCAAGGACAGAGCCAGACAUGCCUGAAACAUCUGAAGUUACACUAAGUUCCAUUACUGUAUCAGUAAAAUGCACGUUUGGUUUUUGAAUCCCCAAGUGGAGCCAAUUUCUUUGGUAGUAAAGCCAGAUCAGCUGUAUGUCAUUUUAAAGAUGAGCAGGCAGUCUCUGAAACAGUUGGUCCACUUUUUUUUCCCCUGAAACCCAAGCAGAGAUUAUGAUUAAUGUCUAUGGGGAUUUUUAAUGCUAGGUGUAAAUGGGAUUAUGGGACUUUGCUUUAAUGUGUUUACGUGAUGUUAUUUUCCGAGGAUCGACCACUUCAUUUAUUAACUCAUUUUAUGUCAAAUUAUGUGACAUUAGCUCCUCUAAUAAGAGACUCUGGAGACUCCGUUAUAUUUGUAAUGUUUGCAUAAAUGAGUGGAAAAUGCGUGCGUGUAAGGAAAUACGACAAACUCAGCCAAUCCUUGGUGCAUCUUCCAGAACAUAUUCAGACACUAAUAGAUAUUAAUAUUCAUAUAUGUACUGGUGCAAAAUAUUCAUGCUGGCCCUUGAGUGUUUCAGCUUUGUCUCCAUAGUAACACCAUCCAAAGCAGUUUACAGAGUUAAGGAAACUGGUCUAUCACCCAGAUGUUGUAGUUUAAACUCAGAUGUGAUGAUCGGGCUGUAUCUGAGUAUUUUUUUUGUGGGAAGAGAUGACGUGAUGGGCUUGUAUGAAUGUUUUUGAUGAACACUAAUGCAGAGUCCCUCCUCCUCUCCCUGUUGUUUUUCUCUUCCUCAUCUAUCCAAACACCUUUUCAUAAUGUCUCAUCCUCCCCCUCCUUUACUAUAUAUUUGCACAUGCAAAAUAGUGGCAUCAAUUCAUGCAAUAAUGUAAACAAUUCUCAGUGUUUGUGUCUUAGCCAGCAGUGACUAACAGCCAUGUUUAUGAUGUACUCUUCUGUGGAAAAAAACUGAAAUAAACUGGAGAAAAAUACAA